UCUCAAAAUAUUUGGCAUGGAAUUGCAGUCAAAACAGUCAAAGAAAAUUGUCGCAGACAUCAGACACGCUCAGUGUCCUUCGGUGGUUCAAAUUUCUCGCAUAGUUCAAGCCCUCAAAGACAAUGAUCCAUAUUUUCGGGUUUACGCCAGAAAACUGACACAGCAGGACCAGGUGCGAUACUAUGGAAGAAGUGCGCUGAUGAUGGUUGCAUCUAUCGUUAUCUACAAUGUGAUUCACAGUUUGUUUUUCUAUGAUUCCUAUCAGUUGGAGCCUUGUUGGCUGAUCCGUGCCAUAGGAUUUAUUCUCGGGGUCAAGGAUCGUAUCUACUUUUAGGAGCAUUUUUCUGGAUGUAAACAUUUAAUUUAACUAGCGUUUCAAGUUAACAAAGCUCAACACUGGCUAGAAGAUGAAGUGAAUAACCAAUAGUUUUGAUAUUACAUUGAUAUUACAUUAUGAGGUUACCAAAACUAGGUAUACAUUUUUCACAAAUUGGUAGAGAAGCAAGAGAGUUAAGCGAUGUUAAGCCAACCAAACUGUUAAAAAAGUAAUGAUGCAAAACUUUCAAAAAUUAAUUGAGGGUCCCGGAAGCUUGU